AAACAUUCCUAACAGUCACAGGCUCGCUCCCCUUUCAAAAAUUCGGACCGUUAGAAAAAAUCCGAACGUUAAUAUCCUUCCUCUUUCUCUCCCACCCUCACUUCUUCUCACUGUCGAGAUCAUACAUAACUCCUGCGCUAUUAUUUUCCCCUUUACUAUCUAUCAAUAAAUACAUUAGUGUAAUUUUAAUUCCCUGCAAUUUUACGGGAAUAGUUUUGUAAUUCUCUGCGAUUGAAUGGCGGCGUCCGAGGAGCCUUCCAGUAAUUUGUUCAUGGUCGACGAGUUAUACGAGUUUUCGGCUCCUCAAUUUUAUGAUUUCCUGGGAGCGGAGACGGAAGAUGAUGUUCGUAAGGCGGAGCUCUGGUUCGAGAAGGCACGGCCCUAUGCUCCAUCACCAUUUAUGGCCAGAAUCAAGGCUAGCAGAAAUGUGCAACAUCAGAUUCUCUGCAAUUUCGAUGAAGCCGAGCAAAUGCAGAAGGCACCAGAAUUAUCUAAAGAAGCCCCUCCUAGUGCAUCAAAUUCUGCCAAGGAGUCAGCACCAAUUUCACUAGAUCAAAAAAUACCCCAGGCCAAAGUUAUCCCAGCUGAAUCUACUGAAGAAGUGGAACCACACAACAGGGCUCAGCCAGAUCUUAUCCAGUCCAAUACUUUAAAAAAGAAUCCUGGAAAUGAGAAACUGGAUGCUGGAGUCGAAUGCAAUCCAGAAAGUGCGAAGUCCUCCUCAGAAACUGAGAACCCUGUAGAAGGCAAGGCCCCCUCAUCUCUCCCUGUGGAAACAGUUGAGGUUUGCUGCACGCCAGUCCCACAAAAGCCGAUCGAGAAUAAGAAGACUCAGACAGCCAAAAGAAUAGCCAGCAUUCUCAAGAAUCCUUCCCAGUUGAACUCAAUGAAGAAGUUGCCAAAAUCACAAGUCAAAAUCACUAAGCCGGCUAGUGUUAAAAGUGACACAAAUGCUAAGAGCCUAGUUGGAACUCCCAACCUCGCCCAUGAAAACCCUGCCAUCAAAAGGCAAAAACUGGAAGAUGGAAAAUCGCGGCAGAUUCUGACAAUUGGUAAGCCUUCAAAUCUGCCUCACAAAACAAGAACCGGACUCGUCAGUAGCAGUUCCAGCCUCUGCCCCUCCUCAACUGCUAAAAUCAAAACAAAGAAAGAGGACAGAAAGAUGUACGUUCGAGAACAAGCACAGCCAUUUGUGUCAGUGGCAGAAAUGAUGAGGAAAUUUCAGUCGGGGACGAGAGAGAUGUCUCUGUCACGAAGCAGUUCUAUUUUGCAGAGUGGUGCUGCUGGAACUAUGAAAACAAAGUCUAAGCUUACUUUAACAAGGCCAAAAACUCCCGAAUUCGAGACAUCACAGCGGGUUCGUUCUACUAAGAUUAAAAGUUCUGCUGAGCUGGAGGAGGAAGCUAUGGCUAAAAUCCCCAAGUUUAAGGCUCGUCCACUAAACAAAAAGAUUUUUGAGGGCCCAGCUUUACCACCAUUGCCGAGAAGCACUCCGCAUCCUCCAGAAUUUAAGGAAUUCCAUUUGGAGACCAUGUCAAGGGCCAUUCAGAAUGCAGAAACAUCCACUGUGGUCUCGACAGAAUCUACAGCGACUCAGAACCAUCAAUGGAAACCUAAUCACCUUACAGCACCAAAAUCGCCUCUUCUUCAGACGUCUCUCAGAGCUCGUCCACCGAUGAUCAAAAGCUCUGAAGAACUAGAAAAAGAGCAACUUGAGAAUAUACCACAGUUCAAGGCAAGACCAUUAAAUAAAAAGAUAUUCAAGAGUAAAGGGGAAAUGGGAAUAUUUUCUCAUAUGAAAAAGCCGAUCACUAUUCCUGAGGAAUUUCACUUUGCCAUAGAUAAAAGAAUCCCACCACCAGUUGCUGUUGCAGAUUUAUUUGAUAAGCUCUCAAUAAACUCACAAUCACAUCAGGAGAAGCCUCUUCCUAGAAAUACCACACCAAAUCCGUUCCAUCUCCACACCGAGGAAAGAGGGGCACAGAAGGAAAAAAGAAUAGCCGAGGAACUCUUACAGAAACAGCAAGAAGAAGAGAGAGCCAGAAUACCAAAAGCUCACCCAUAUCCUUACACAACUGACUACCCUGUGAUUCCACCAAAGCCAGAGCCAAAGCCAUGCACAAAACCGGAACCUUUUCAGCUGGAAAGCUUGCUGAGGCACGAAGAGGAGAUGCAGAGAGAAAUGGAACAGAGGAGGAGGAUGGAGAUGGAAGAAGCUGAGAUGCGAAAAUUCAAAGCACAACCUAUCUUGAACGAGGACCCUAUUCCAGUUCCUGUGAGAGAACGAAAGCCCCUAACGGAAGUUCAGGAAUUCAAUCUGCAUGUCGAGCACAGGGCUGCUGAUAGAGCAGAAUUUGAUAAAAAGAUUAAGGAGAAAGAAAUGGCUUACAAGAGAUACAGAGAGGAGGAAGAUUCUGCAAGGAUGAUGGAGGAGGAGAAGGCCUUGAAACAGCUGCGGAGGACAUUGGUCCCACAUGCAAGACCCGUGCCUAACUUCGAACAUCCUUUCUUACCGCAAAAGUCUGUUAAAGAAGCAACGAAGGCCAAGUCCCCAAAGCUGCGUGUCGAUCUUAGGAAAGAGAAGAGAAGAGUAGUUUUUCCCUCUGCAACCGCUGCCCAUCACAUCAGGUGAGAGAUUUCUCAUGCGACGUGCAAUCUCAAUCAAAUAGGACGUUGAUUGAGGAUCAUCUUCGUUCAAGCACUCUUGAAUGGUUGGAAGUGCCUUACGUCUUCUCAUUUUGUUAUCCAAAUUUGUUGUGUUAUUGUGUAAUACAGUUACAUGUUGUGAGCUAACUUUUUGUAAUGUGCAAAUAUUAUGCAAUGAAGUGUAGCUAUGAUUUUUUUCA